AUGCAUCAGGGAUUUGACGGCCGCUCUCGCCGAGCGUCCCGCUUCGCUCACCCAGGCUCUGGAGGGGGCACGGCAGAAACGAGGCGAGGCACUGGCUGCUCAAUUGGCGGAGAGACGUGGCUUGUGCUGACUUGUCCAGAACACGACCAGGAGAAGCUGCAGUUCUAUUGUCGGUCAUGUCAGCGGCUGCUCUGCCCCCUCUGCAAACUGCGCCGCAUUCACACCGGACAUAAAAUCCUUCCAGUGGCCCAGGCGUACCAAGCGCUGAAGGAGAAGAUUACAAAGGAGAUGAACUACAUUCUGUCCAACCAGGACACAGUUUUGGCUCAGAUUACCCAGCUGGAGAGUUCCAUCACACAGACUGAGGUAAACAGCGUGUCGGCCAGAAAGUAGCUGGCUUAGAGCAUC